GUCCAACCCCUCCAUGAACUACUAUACCCAUUCAUGUGUCGACAAAUCAAGCCAACCAAUACCAAAAUACUAAAAUAAAAAGAAUAAGAACAAUAUGCCCCCAGCACCAAUACCAAACCUCUUCGCGUUCGGCUCCAACGGCUCGGGCCAACUAGGUAUCGGGCACGACGAGGACGUAUCCGUGCCAACGCCUUGUGUAUUCACAGACCAUACUCCUUCUCCAACACAGACACAGACACAGACACGGGAUCCUCGCGUCUCGCGCAUCGCUGCAGGCGGGAACCAUACGCUCGUCCUGCUAGAUGAUGGGCGGGUUUAUGCGGCGGGGAUGAAUGGGGAUGGGCGGUGCGGAGUGAAUUCGAACUCUGAUUCUAAUUCCGGCUCGAGCUCGAGCUUUCGAUUUGGGAGGGUUGCUGUGGUUGAUGAGGGCGAGAGUGAGGGUAUUAUGUAUGAUGUGUUUACGGCGCUUGCUGCGACGUGGGAGGCGACGGUUUUGGUUGCGUGCAGUAGGAGCCAUGAGGGUGGGAGCGGGGGCGGGGAUGUAGUGUUUGUGCUUGGGACGGGGAUGAAGGGGGAGCUUGGGUUGGGUGCUGAUAAGACGCAAGCUCGGGCUGGGAAGAUUCGCGAUUUCCCGCCCCGGGGCUUAAGGGUGGUUUCUGCUGCGGCGGGGAUGGGGCAUGUUGUUGUUGUUUUGUCAGAUGGGACGGUUUAUGGGUGGGGUGCAUCCAGGAAGGGUCAGUUGGGUGGUGGAUUGGUUGGGGAGAAGAUUGUUCGGGAGCCGGGACUGAUUGAAGGGGUGCCAUUUCGAGUGACUGAUGCUGUAUGCGGGAGGGAGUUUACGGUGUUGUGUGGGGAUAGGGAGAAGGGAGAGUUUGUUGUUCUUGGGUCUUUGGGUGAUAAAUGGGGGAUUCUUGUAGGGACUCCUGCAACGGAGGAUGUGAAGGGGUAUUUGAAGAUGGAUGCUAGUUGGCAUGGUGUCUAUGUACAUCAGAAGGAUAUGUCUGUUCUUGCCUGGGGCCGGAAUGACCGCGGUCAGUUGCCACCGGCGGAUUUGCGCAGUGCAAAGGAGGUGGCAGUUGGUAGUGAGCAUGCGCUCGCUCUGCUCGAGGAUCGGUCUGUCGUGGCGUUUGGGUGGGGCGAGCAUGGCAACUGCGGACCAAAUACGGAUGCGCAGGGCAAUAUCAAGGGUAUAUGCAAUCAAGUUCCCCUCCCUGAAGGAGACUUCGAAGUUAUCGGCGUUGGUGCUGGCUGUGCGACGAGCUGGAUUAUUGCAUCCUGAGUGCUCUCUGCCGGCUGUUCUAGCGGGCUCGGACCGUGGAUGAACAUCGAAGCAGGGGUCUUCAAUCGAAGAGCCCGAGUCCUUGAAGCUGUGAUAUGCGUUGUGUUGGAGGAAUCCCCAUGUCGUCUUCUUUGCUCAAGUCCAUCUGGUCGUGGUCUCUUAGAGCAGGCUCACUAUCCCGCAAAAGCGGGCCCAAACUCUCGGGGUUAUUCUGCUCCUAUUAGUGGGACGUUGGCAACAUUAAAUGAAUCACGUCUUACCGGAUCUGCAGUCGCAUCCCAACCAAGCAUAUCCUCAGCCUCGGGCUCCUCGUCCUCGGCCACGUCCCAUUGUCUAUCGUCGUCCGCCGGCA